AUGAAAGGGAAAGGGUGUCCUAAAGGGAAACAUAGGAAAUAUUCAUUGUUCAUUAAUUGUGGUGGUGAGGGAACAUUUAUUGAUGGGCAUCAAUAUGACAAUGAUAAUGAAACAUCACAAUUUUUUGUAAGCCCAAAAGGAAACUGGGCUUAUAGCAAUUCUGGAGGCUUUUUGUCAACAUCUUUGAAUUCCAGUGAUUAUAUCAAAAGAGCGAAAUGUGGAAUUUCAGUAGCUGACGCACCUCUAUAUGAAAAGGCUCGCCUCUCUCCGACCUCCCUAAAGUAUUAUGGGGUUUGUUUGCGUAAAGGUAGAUACAAUGUCACACUUCAUUUUGCUGAAAUUGUUUAUGCUGAAGAUGAAGAGCAUAGCAGUUCAAUGAAAAGGAUUUUCCAUGUUGAUAUACAGAUCCACUUGCACUGGGCUGGAAAAGGCUCCACGGUGGAUUUAUCUUCUUCUAGUGGGAAUCUUCGAACUCGUUUUAGUGGGCCUCUUAUUUCGGCCAUCACUGUAACUCCUGAGUUCAAAAUCAAACGUAAGAAGCUGUCUCCUUUAGAAAUUUCAAUGAUUACAUUGGCUUCAAUAGUAUUUGCUGCGCUGCUUUUGCUGGCUUUGGCUUGGGCAAUGGGCUGGUUUCGAAAAGAAGAGCUUCACGAAAAAAAUGUAGGUCAAAAGAAGCCUGUCACCCUCAAACAGUUAAAAGAUGCGACUGGAAAAUUCAGCAAAGAAAUGGAGAUCGGUAAAGGGGGCUUUGUAAAGGGGGCUCCGGGACAGUUUAUAGGCGGGUAUGUGGCUCUUGAGUACCUUAUGUACGGAACCAUAUCAUAUAAAUAUGAUGUUUAUGGUUAUGGGGUGGUUAUACUCGAAAUUGUUUGUGGGAGGAGAAAUGCGGAACAAAAAUUGAACAAGGAUGAGUUAGACUAUCUUGUAGAUGAGGUUGUUGUCACAAAUUCACAAGGAAGGCUCCGUGAGAUGGUCGAUAAAAAUUUUUUGGGGUAUGAUGAAAAAGAAGCCAUAACAAUUCUAAAGUUAGCUGUGAGGUGCAUCAAUAUUGAUACGAACCUAUGA